AUGAGCGGCUUCUGGCAGCUGUUUAUUCAGAUGCAAUCGAGUGCGAUCGCAGGCACUGGCGGGACGCCGGACAACGUGCAGUCUGGCGGCGAGGAUAUCGGCAUACAGUCAAUCUCAGCAAAGAACACUCGAGGAGAGCAGAGCAAUCGGUCGCGAUCGAGGUGGACAGAAGAGCUACAAGAAGGGGUCUGGAUUCCCCUCAUCCCCCUCAUCACUUCCACCCUCCAUUCCUCACCAGCCUCACUCCACCUCACCCAAAUCACCACACCUAAGACCAUCACCCUACCCGCCAUGCAGCUCUUCGCCCUCUUCACGCUCCUCCCUCUUCUCGCCACCGCCGCCCCCCUCGGCGUCCCUCUUCCCGUUCCCAGCCCCAAGUCAGGCCUCGUCAACAUCAACGCCGUCGCCAGUAUCGGCACUUCCGCUUCCAUCACCAUCAACCUCAAGGACACCCAGGUCGUCCCGUCGGUGCUUCCCAUCGUUUCCAGCGCCACCUCUAUCGUCCAAAGCCUAGUCUCCGAGGCCCCCAAUGUCCUCGCCAACGCUCCCGCCAGGGUUGCCGCAGUCGUCUCGAGCGCAAGCUCCGUCGCUGGCGCGGCACCCUCCAAAGCAUCUGCGGUCGUCGCUGAGGCGUCCAAGGUCAUCGCUGCAGUCCCGGUCAAGGCGUCCGCGGCAGUCGCUGAAGCGUCCAAGGCUCUCAAGGUCGUCCCCGGCGUCCUCGCCGCGGUCGCACCGGUCGCGAGCACUCCGUCUGUUCCCUCUGUCCCGGUCAACCCAGGCGCCCCCUCCACCACUUUGGACAAUCUGUCGGCUUCUCUCGUCGGUCUCAAAGCACCCUCCCUCAUCACAGCCCUCACCCAGCUCAACACCAUCACUAGCAGCUUGCAGCAGGCCGUCAACGAGGAGGCUACUGCUCUCAAGGGUCAAGUCGACCUCGCUCGAGUAGUCACCGACAUCGUCACCCUCAUCAGGAAUCUCAGCGCCUACCUCAAUGCCCUCCCCACCACCCUGCUCACCAACAGCUCGGUCAGGAGCGCUGCUGCUUCCAUCGAUACCCUCCUCGCUGCGUAUAUCCGAGGUCUCCAGGUGAUUGGCCUCUCCACCACAGCCUUCGCCGACAUGGCGUACAAGCAGGGCUUAAGCAGUACGUCUGGGUUCUCUCCCCUUCUGGUCAAGACCAUCGCCAUCUUCCCCAAGGCUUAA